CAUCUUCUUCACCAUUCAAAAUCCUAAAAAAAACCAGACAGAAACCCCAAGAAUCUAAAACCCUAGACAAAAUCAAAAGAAACAAUGAGACGAUUCUUAGUGAGAAAUGCGAUUCCUUGCACUCGCAAUCUCCUCACCAACAAUUCCUCUCUCAAUCUCAAUUCCAAAAACUCUUCUAAUCCCUCCCUACUCGCCACUCUAACCCGAUCCCAACUCAGAUUCUACUCACCCGAGUCCGAAUCUCCCAGUAAUACAUCACCCGAAUCCAGCAAAACCGACUCAGAAUCUCCCUGUAAACCAUCUCCCGAAUCUGCAAUUCUUGCACAAAUUAAAAAAGACGACUCUGUCCCUGAAUCUGCAAUUCUUGCACAGAUUAAUAAAGAUGACUCAGUUGAAGUUACUGAUGUCAGUAACAAAGAGCUGAAGGAGCUGAUGGAAAAGUACUUCAAGGGCGACGAGGAGGUGCUCCCUGUAAUUAUGGAAGCGAUUCUGAAGCGGAAAUUGACGAAUAAGCACGAGUAUACGGAUGAUGAGUUGAUGGAGGAGUUGGAAAUGCAGCCAUUGGAUGAUGUGAAGGACCAAGAGUUUGAGUCGGAUUUUGAGGAGUUGUAUCCAACGGAUGAGGAGCUUGAUAAUCUGUAUGAUGCCAAGCAGCAUGUGGUGAAGAAAAUGGUGAAAGAUGAGUACUACAAUAUGGACGAUAAGAAAUGGGAUGCAAUGAUUCAGGAAGGAGUUGAACAUGGCUAUUUGAAGGAUACGAAGGAAUGUGAGGGGAUUCUCGAGGAUAUGCUUAAGUGGGAUAAGCUUCUUCCAGAUGACAUCAAGAAAAAAGUGGAGAUUAAGUUCAAUGAGUUAGGGGAUAUGUGCGAAAGAGGAGAGCUGGAACCUGAAGACGCCUAUAAACUGUUUAAGGAAUUCGAGGAUGAGGUGGUACUAGAAUAUGGAAAGAAAUUGGAGGCCGAGGGCCCCCAACAGUUUGAUGAGACUGUACUGCCAGACAAGCAAAAGGAUUUAGAUGAUCCACCAGGUGAGGGGCCAAUUCUUAGGUGGAAAACACGAGUAGUCUUUGCCCCGGGUGGCGAUGCAUGGCACCCCAAAAACAGAAAAGUGAAAAUGGCUGUUACAGUCAAAGAGCUUGGGCUCUCAAAACAUCAAUAUAAAAGACUGAGGGAAUUGGUUGGGAAACGAUACCAUCCAGGGAAAGACGAACUUACAAUCACUAGUGAAAGGUUUGAACACCGGGAAGAAAACAGAAAAGAUUGUCUGAGAACUCUCUUAGCUCUUAUUGAAGAAGCCAGGAAAGCUGACAAGUUUGCAGAGGAUGCUAGAGCCUCGUACGUCAAGGAUAGGCUUAGAGCUAAUCCAGCUUUCAUGGAGAGGCUGCGCGCCAAGGUAACGAGGCAAGUUACUAACACAAUCUCUGCAUGAUAAUUUAUGCAGCAACCCCAACUGUGGAAGAUUGAAACCUGAGAUUCAGUAAAUUUCUCACAUACUUCUUUUUGUGGAAAAUGCGAAGUUGAGAUUCAGGAAAUUCCUAACAAGGUAUUUUUGUUGUUAUCGUCUUUACUUGCACUCGGAAAACAUUUCAAAAUGUUGAUGUAGCUGAUCGACAUAUGCCCUUGCUGCUGAUUAAAAAAAAUUACCUUUUUGGCAGAUAAUUUGUUUUUAAAAGAUGUAGUCCUUUGAUGUUUACAUUAUUCACUGUAUAGCUCUUUUUGAAUAAGCGAUUGUAUUGAUUUUUGAUGA